AGUCAUGGAGGGGAGAUGUGUACGUGGUUGGAACUGUUGACAUUUUGUGUUUGUGCAAUAGGAGGGUGAUAGUCUGACGUAGGACUGCUGGGACGGUAAUAAUUUCAAAACAUUUUAAAAAUAGUUUAACCUGUUUAGCUUGCAUUAUAAGAAGAGAUAUAUGCUCAUCCGUAGGGAUAUUGCAAAUAUAGGAAGAGUUGUUUCUAAUUACAAUACCUAGGGAGGGAAUAAGAAAUGGAGGUCUUGCUCAAAAAUCCGGCCGCCGAUGUCGGUGUUAAGCAGGAAAAGAUUGCUGAAUCUGAUGCCCUUGAAGAGGGUUGUAACCGGGAGGAUAGAAAGGAGGUUGAACUUGAAUCUACGAAGGCAGAGAUGGGAGAAGUGAGGGAAGAGAAUCAAAGAUUAAAGAUGAUGUUACAGGAGAUUGAAAAGGAUUACAAGUCUCUUCAACUCCAAUUCUUUGAUAUCCUUCAACAAGGAGUUUCAAAGAGAUCAUCAGAUUCAAUUCCUAAUUCCCAUGAAAAUGAUGAAUCUCCAGAAUCUGAACUUGUUUCUCUUUCCCUUGGAAUAAGAAGCAGUACUUCUCCUGAACCCAAAAGGGAUGAAAGAACAGGAAAUUCCAGUACCGGAAACACCAAAGAAGAUGAUCUUCAUGAGCUCAAGGCCAGCCUGACUCUUGGGUUAGAUUCUAAAUUAUUUCAGUUAUCAACAGAAAUUGUUUCUAAUCCGAGCCCAGAGAACAGUACGGAGGAAGGAAAAGAAGAGGAUGCAGGAGAAGCUUGGCCGCCAAGUAAAAUUCCAAAGACAACCAGAAAUGGAGAUGAAGAAGUUGCACAAGGUCAACAUGUGAAGAGAGCUAGGGUCUGUGUUAGAGCUAGGUGUGAGACCCCAACGAUGCAUGAUGGAUGCCAAUGGAGGAAAUAUGGGCAGAAAAUUUCGAAAGGAAAUCCAUGCCCGAGGGCUUACUAUCGUUGCACUGUGGCACCAGGGUGUCCUGUUAGAAAACAGGUGCAAAGAUGUGUUGACGAUAUGUCCAUUUUGAUCACAACUUAUGAAGGAACCCACAACCAUCCACUUCCAGUUUCAGCCACCGCCAUGGCUUCCACCACCUCCGCCGCAGCCUCCAUGCUGUUGUCAGGCUCUUCAACAUCUCAGCCGGGUCUCAGCUCCACAGCUGCCAUAACCAACCCGGCUAAUGGAUUGAACUUCAGUCUCUAUGAUAGUACCAGAACAAAACAGAUCUACUUGCCAAGCUCUACUUCCUCAUCUUCACCUUUGUUCCCAACAAUUACCCUGGAUCUCACUUCCUCCUCUUCACCUGCAUCUAACUAUUUCAAUCGUUUCUCAUCAAAUUUCAAUUCCAGAUUCCCUUCAACGAGUCUCAGCUUUUCUUCUUCAGAAUCCAACAAUAUCUUACCAACAAUUUGGGGCAAUGGUUACAAUUCUCUUGGCACCAUGCCCUACAAUCAGACUCAAACAGGGUCCAUGUCCUUAAACCUUGGGAAAGAGUCCCAACAACAAGCUGGUGCUUCUCAACAGUCUUUGACAGAAACCUUAACCAAGGCAAUAGCAUCAGACCCAAGAUUUCGAUCAGUGAUAGCUGCUGCAGUAUCAUCAAUGGUAGGAGGCAAUGCAGCCAAACAGGGGAACCCAAGUGGGAUUUUGGAGAGUUUGAUGCAACUGAAUUCUCAAAAUUCAUCCAUUCAGAAUGGGAAAGGAUGUGGAUCUAGCUACUUCAAUGGAUUGUCAUCUUUGAGUUCUCAAAAGGGAACUUUGCUGCAAUCUUCAUCGCCGUUUUGUAUCUUUAACAGUGCAUCUGUAUCGGCUUCAGAAACUAAGGAACAGAAGAAUUGAUGCAUACAUAGAAGGAAGGGAAAAAGUCUUGAUCUUUUGAAAUGUAACAGAGAAUUUUCCAAUUGCAAUUAAUAAUGAAGAUCAUCAUUA